CGGAGGGAGGAAGGGAGCUCCCGGUGCGGCCCUGCUCCGCCUCUGCCCCGCUUUCCGGGAGCGGCCCGCACAGCAGCGCCGGGGCCGGGAGCGGGGCCGGGUGGCGGAGGCGGCCCUCGCCGCGCCGCGGCCAUGGAGCCCAACCAGCUGCGCCUUUCCGCGGCCGCACGUGGCCAUGGAGGCUAUGAUUCUGAUUUUAGUGAUGAGGAGAGUGGAGAGAAGUCUCUGCAAAAGACUAAAAGAAUACAGGAUGAUGCCCUUCUGAUAAAGCCAUUCCAAAAAGCAAAACAAGGCAGUGUGGUUCACAGACAAUUUGCAGCUGAAGAAUGUGAUAGGGAAGAAGCAAGAAAAAGAAGAUUUCACUUGAUAUCGAUGGAUGCUUAUGAAAGACAUAAAAAGUUUGUGCAUGACUACAUUUUAUACUACGGUGGCAAAAUAGAGGAUUUCCGAAGAUCUGGAGCAAAUGACAAGACGGAUCUUGAUGUUAUUAGAGAAAACCAUAGAUUCCUGUGGAAUGAAGAAGAUGAAGCAGACAUGAAUUGGGAGAAGAGGCUUGCAAAGAAGUAUUAUGACAAGUUGUUCAAAGAAUAUUGCAUAGCAGAUCUCAGCAGAUACAAAGAGAAUAAGUUUGGAUUUAGAUGGCGACAUGAGAAAGAAGUAAUUUCAGGAAAAGGGCAGUUUUCCUGUGGAAAUAAACACUGUGAUGAGAAUGAAGGCCUGAAGAGCUGGGAGGUGAAUUUUGGUUAUGUUGAAUAUGGCGAAAAGAGGAAUGCACUUGUGAAAUUGAGACUAUGUCCAGAAUGUUCCCACAAACUAAACUUCCAUCACCGGAGGAAAGAAGUCAAAAGACCUGCUGCUGCACAGAAUUCUAAAGAGCCAAAAAAAAAGAAGAAAAAAUUAUCUCGUUCAGCAAAAAAGAAGUCCAAAAAAAAGACCCAUAAAGAUCAGGUUUCUUCAGACGAUUCAGAUAAUUCUGAUAAAGAUUCAGAUAACAGCAGUGCAGAAGAUGGUCCUUCAAAAGCUGACUUUUGGGAAGGUCCUCUCCGAGAAGCAGAUGAAAAAUCACGGGAAGAGGAGUUUGAGGAGUAUUUUCAAGACUUAUUUCUCUAAAAUUUGCAAUUGAUGUAGGCUGAUUUUCUUCAUGAGUUGUCAAGAUGUAAGUCUGGAAAUCCAGUCAUAAUUUUCCAGAGACCUCCAUCUGCCAGCAUACCUUUUCUACAGUCACUCUAUGGACCAUUUGGGUGAAUUGUCCUUGUAGAAGGCUUCAAAUCUCAAAACUUUCUGUUUCUUGUAGUAGUCUGCAUACUCUUGAAACAAGAGAAAUAAUUUUUUCCCUUCAGUGCAAAAUAUAUGUGGCACCCAAACUUAAACAAACAAGAAUAUAGUUUAUUAACAUUACAACAAGGAAGUUCACUGCUUUUAUUUUAUCCCAAACUUCGUUUAUUGCUGGAUUUUCGUAAAGGAGCAUUUUGUAAGAUUCUGUGAGUAGUUUAAGCCAUACACUUUAAUGUAUUUAUAUUUUUAAUUUAUUAAACAAGAAGUAAUAGCCUUAAAUUUAUUGGUUACUUAGACUUCAAUAUUUAGAUAUUAGUCUCUUGCAAAUAUCUCAAAUGCUAUUGGAGAAGUUCAAAUUUUGUCAAAUAUUUGUUCUACUUGAAUUAAGUAAACCAUAUCUGAAAUCUCUCCUACUCCUUUAAAAAGUUGAUUGUGACUUUCUUGUAAAUUUUAGUUGUAAAGUGAUGUGUCUUACAAUUCCACCUAUAAAAAUUUGGUUGGUUGGUGAAAUUUUUGGUGUAAAAAAUAACAUGUGGCUUUCUACUGGAGAUGUACGUGACUUUUAUGUUAUCUGUGCCUUCUGAUCUCCUUUCUGUUGAUUGAACGUUAAUCCUUAUUUCACGUGUAAUCCCAAAUAUACAAAUAAAGCACGUAUGUUGCUUGAGAAACUUA